AUGAGUGCUGUCUCCGUCUCUCCUCUCCCGUCCCGGCAUAACCUCUCAUCUCAGCCACAAGCGCAGAACCCCAUCUCGCUCCGCCUGUACAAGGUACUCGGCUCGAACUUUGACGAUGAGGCAACCAAGGAGGCGCUGCACACGCUCUCGGAACUAUAUGGACCACCCUCGGGUGCACACGCAUCUGCGAAGGGUAAAGAGGUAAACCGAGACGUGGAGGACGAGGAUCUAGACGAGGGAGACGUGGGGCGGACAUAUACAAGAACGCAAGCAAGCGGGACUGUUGCGCACGAAGCUGUCCCAGGGGACAUUGCCGCGAGGGCCCGAAAGAACCUCCGACGCGAUGUCGAGAGCAAACUCGCGGAAUCGAGUCGCAAGUUCCUCCAGGCAUUUGGAGAGGUGGAUAAGCAUCUGGAUACACUGCAAGAACAUGUAGGCGUAAUGCGCUUGCGCUGUGACGAGGCUCAAACCCAGCUUGAGGAAACGACGGGUGCCUGUAAGUCUCUUUUAGACAGAGCAGGUAGCCUACGAGAAGAGAGGUGGGUAAUUGCGGCGCGCCAGUCUAUUGUGUCUCUAUUCCUAGGCAGGUUUACAUUAACCGAUGACGAGAAGGACGCAAUAACCUCGCGCGACGUGCCCGUCGGGAAACGCUUCUUUGCCGCCAUGGACAAGGCGGAAAAUAUUAGGGACGACUGCCGUGUCCUCAUGUCCGGCGAGGAUGGUCCAACGAAGGCGGGGCUCGACAUCUUGUCCGCUACGUCAGGAUACCUAGAGCAGGCCUACGAAAAGAUAUUCCGCUGGUGCUGCUUCGAGUUCAGGCAGAUGGGGCGCGAUGGCCAGCUCGAGGCCAACCUCUCCAUGCGUGAGGCCGUGCGCAGACUGCGCGAACGCCCGGAGCUCCUGUCGGAAGCGCUCGCGUUUCUCUCGCAGACGCGCCAGACGACGCUCCUAACUACGUUCACGGAUGCGCUCACGCGGGGUGGCCCUGGCGGGCUCCCGCGCCCGAUCGAGCUGCACGCCCACGAUCCCCUGCGCUACGUCGGGGAUAUGCUCGCGUGGGUGCAUCAGGCAAUCGCGGCAGAGCGUGAGUUCCUGGAGGGCCUCUUUGGGGUCAGGGGAGACGGGCGCAUGGUCGGGAGCGUCCGGUCAUUUGGCGAGAGCGUCGAAGAGGAGUGGAUGAGCGAGCUCAUGGACGCCGCGGUUGGAAAGCUGUGCACACCGCUCAAGGAGAGCAGUAUCACGUCGUACAAGAUCGCAAAUUUGUUGCAAUUCUAUUUGCUCACAAUGCAAAGGACGAUUGGAGAGACUACUGUUUUGUCGCAGACACUGAAAGACUUGACCAAAUUGGCAUACCAAGUGUUCUAUGACGCAAUUGAUACGGAGGGAAGGUCAUUGUUGCGAGUUCCUCCGGAUAUAGAUGACAUGAGCGUGUCUCCGCCGCUUUCCAUACUCGAUCAUGCGCAAGUGCUGCGCGAGAUUAUGGUGGUCUAUGAAUCGUCACUGGUCGGAAAUGAGAGCGACGAAGAACUAUACGCCGGCUUCAGGGACAUUUUAGACAAGAUGGUCGACCCUGCGAUCGAGACCUGUGUGACACGGUCUGCGGACAAGAAGAAACUGCGGCCUGACUGGGACCAGUCGGUCUUUAUGCUGAAUACACUGGCUUACUUGCAGAGCGUCAUCGAGCCUUUUGCAUUCACAGCGGAGAAGCAAGGUGUCAUCCAGGGAUUGGUCGAGGCUAAAGUGCUACAACUAACGGAGGAACACUAUACAAACAUCCUAGGAGAAACCGGGCUGGGUGAGGCCAUCAGUGCGAUUGAGAGUCGCCAGCCAAGCGAACCAUUGUCGCACCUGCCCGCUGCCCAGCCCUUGCGGCUGCAGAGUGCACUGCGCAGCUUCUCACGUUGGCUGUCCGGGCCGGGAGUUGUUGAUUCCCCACGUUUGUCACAGCUUACGGUGCAGAGCCUCGCGACGCGGGUACACCAGGCGGUGCUGCAGCAGAUUGCAGGGGCGUACCAGCGGUUGUGCGAGGAGAUGCGAAGGCCGGAUAACAGGUACGAAGCGGCAGCGACGCUACUGGGGAGCGAGCGGCCGUUCGGGCAGGUGCACCUGCUGUACCAGAUAUUUGGGCUCGGGGGGGAAGAGGACUGA